CGAUACCCCCACCCCUUCCAAAUCAAAUAAAAUAAAUAUUUUUUGUUAUUCAACAAAUUCUAUUCAUUCAAAUCAAACCAAAUUCAUAAAAAUUUUUUUUUUUGGUAAUAAUGGAUGUGGCGAGUGGAGUUGGAUUCCGUCAGUCGCCAUGUUUUGCGACGAAAGAUGUACUACAUCAGUCGCAAAGUAUGGCGACUGGAAAACCGGGUUUGGUUUGUUUAAAACAGCGACCGAACAGAAGGUUUUCGGUCGCUGUUUGUGAUGGGUUUGUGGAUAAGAGUCACUUGGAGUAUUAUAAUAAUGGGCCAAAAAUGGCGGUUAAAGAAAAAGAUGUGAAAAAAGAGAUGAAGAAGAAAUUGAAAGUGUUGAAAGGGUUAUCUAAGAAUUUGUCGACUUUUUCGGAGUUGGGUUUUUGUUUGAAUGUUGAUAGUGGAUUAUUGGAUCAACAAGUUAAAGGCCAGAUGAUUUCGGAAGCAACAGAUGUGUUACUUAGCCAAUUACAAAAACUAAAAGCAGAGAAAAUGGAAUCCAAAAGGUUAAAGAAAGAAGAGAAAGCUAAAAAGAAAGCGGCCCGGAUGACAGAAUGCAAGGAUUCGUCCUCAUCGAGCUCAUCUUCUUCAGAGUCUGAUUGCGAAAACGUCGUCAAUAUGAAACAACUCAAAACUAUACCGACCUCGAUAUCGCAUCAAGAAACAGCAUCGACAUUAGCAGUAUCUCCUGUUCAAGUUAAUGAAGUCGAACACCAAGGCGCAUUGCAGACAGUAUACAAGGAUGUUAGUAAUGUUAAUAUAGAUUCUAAUAAAAUAGAGGUUUGUAUGGGUGGAAAGUGCAAGAAAUCGGGAGCCGCGAUGUUGUUGGAGAAUUUUCAGAAGGCAGUUGGCGGUGAAGCCGCGGUUGUGGGUUGUAAAUGUAUGGGCAAGUGUAGAGAUGGUCCGAAUGUAAGAGUACGAAACAAUAAUGAGGAUGCUGGCGCUAAUCCUUUAUGCAUCGGAGUUGGACUUGAGGAUGUUGAUUCGAUUGUGACCAACUUCUUCGGUGCGAGUCAGAGAUCGUGUUCGGAUAUGGUACCGGCUCUGUAGAAUCUUCGACUCCGUAUUCCUUCAAACAACUAACUCGAAUUGUAAAUAUGUUGGUUGGGUUGCAUUUUGGUUGUAAAAAAAUGUUGAAGGCUUGAAUGUGUAGAUACAGUUUGUAGUAAUUAUUACGUAUGAAAUGUAUAACAAGUUACGAAUA